AUGUAUUUUGUCCGAUCAUGUUGUACAAGAUUAUGUGCAAUGUCCAUGGCUGAUUUGUUAUCAUAA